AUGGGCUUCAAUUGUAAACUUUGCCCACAGAGCCAAAAUGAUGGCCUCUGCAACAAGAACCCUCAAUCCACCAAAUCUAUAAGAAAAUUCAGAAUUAAAAAAAAAAAAAAAAAUCUGUUGAAAAGCACACAUACAAAAGAAUUUAUUCUUUUUUAUUCGUUUGGGAUUGAAGCCUGUGCUUCUAUUCCUUCAAACGGUUCAGAGGCUUAG